ACAAACACAUGGACCCGCGGCGAAUGUGACUGCAGUUCGCCAUUGGGUCUUUUUGGCCUCCUUUAUCUCUGACUCGUCAAACGCGCCGAGUCAACUCGCUUUUCUUUUUAUUUGACGCUUAUCGUGUUCAGUUGUCACCUUCCUCUCUUGUCUGAAUCUUCUGCAUCCUUUUCACGCUCUCAGAUCUUCACCGUGAUCCGCAUCACCUUCCACCAGCAAAUUACUAAGCUCGAGGAAAGCGCGAUACUGUGAGUGGAAGCUGACUAUAGCAAUGGCUUCUCGCGACUCCGAAUUCUUGAAGAACUUUUGGAUCCCGAGUUACGUGCUCGUGCCGGAGUCUGCGGCUGAGAGCAGCCAGAUCGCCCGUGGCAAUGGACCUGAGUGCCCGGUGCUUGUUUUUGCGAACUCCAAAAGCGGUGGCCAGCUAGGAGGGGACCUAUUGAAAACGUACCGUGCUCUUCUCAACGAAAAACAGGUUUUUGAUUUAGGAGAAGAAGCUCCCGAGAAGGUACUGAGCAGAGUCUAUGCUAACUUGGAGAGACUCAAGGUUCAAGGUGAUCAACUUGCUACAAGGAUUAUGGAAAGUCUGAGAUUAAUUGUUGCUGGGGGUGAUGGAACAGCGGGCUGGCUACUUGGAGUUGUUUGUGAUCUCAAAUUGUCCCAUCCGCCACCAAUAGCCACGGUUCCUUUGGGCACAGGGAAUAACCUACCUUUUGCUUUUGGCUGGGGAAAGAAGAACCCAGGAACAAACGAGCAUUCAGUGAAGUCAUUUUUAGAUCAAGUAAUGAAGGCUAAAUCAAUGAAAAUAGACAAUUGGCACAUUCUUAUGCGAAUGAGGAUUCCAAAAGAAGGUCCCUGUGAUCCGAUUGCACCUCUUGAGUUACCGCAUUCUUUGCAUGCCUUCCAUCGCGUAUCCGAGACAGAUGAACAAAAUAUUGAAGGUUACCAUACUUUUCGUGGGGGAUUUUGGAAUUACUUCAGCAUGGGAAUGGAUGCUCAAAUAUCUUAUGCUUUUCAUUCUGAACGAAAGUUGCAUCCUGAAAAAUUCAAAAAUCAGUUGGUUAAUCAGACUACAUACGCUAGGCUUGGAUGCACGCAAGGAUGGUUUUUGGCUCCUCUAUUCCAUCCUCCUUCCAGGAAUAUAGCACAUGUUGUAAAAGUACAAAUCAUGAAAAGGAAUGGCCAGUGGGAAGACCUGCAAAUUCCUUCCAGCAUCCGGUCAAUUGUAUGCCUCAAUUUGCCUAGCUUUUCUGGUGGACUGAAUCCUUGGGGUACACCAACUAGGAGGCAACAGCGUCAAAACGACUGGACACGUCCAUAUGUAGAUGAUGGCCUAAUAGAGGUUGUUGGCUUUAGAGAUGCCUGGCAUGGGCUUGCUUUGCUUGGUCCAAAUGGACAUGGAACUCGACUUGCUCAGGCUCGCAGAAUUGGCUUUGUGUUUCACAAAGGUGCAACAGAUCAUACAUACAUGAGGAUUGAUGGGGAACCUUGGAAGCAACCCCUCCCAAUAGACGAUGACACGGUUGUAGUAGAGAUUUCUCACCAUGGCCAGGUUAACAUGCUUGCCACUCAUGAAUGCAAGUCUAAAAGUGUGCAUGAUCCUUCAACACAUUACAAUGAUGAUGCUGAGGAAGAUGAUAGUAGCAAUGGAGACUCUUUAGCAGAUGAAUUUCGAAAGUUUGGUGCAGCUGAUACAUUUAAAAUCCCAGAUGAGUUUGUCAAAUCCAAUAAGAACCCUGAAUAGUAUCGAUCUAAUCACAAGUUUGCCCGUAGCCCCUCAAACAAAGUCACAACGAAAGGGAUGAGUUCAAAUGCAAAAUGGAUACAUGAAAUGAAAGGUGAGUAUAUGUAUAUACUGAAAUGUAAAAAAUAGAGAAUAGUCUGUUAUCAUGAGGAGAAAACUAAUACAUGUAAAUCGUGUUGGAUUUUGGAAUUAACAAUGGUUGACUCUAGGUGAUACAAGGAUUUCAUGUUGAUCACCAACACAGAAUAUUACAAAUUUACACAUAAUAAAAUAUGCAUAUCGAAACUC